AUGGGUCGACCAGUGUCAUUGAUCGAAACGAACAAACUCGACAGAAAUAAUAAAAAGCAUCAGCACCCCAAUAUUAGAUUUCUACUUUUGGAUUGUCCUACCACUAGUAAUUUGCCAUUCUAUCUUGAAGAAUUUAACCGCUAUAACGUGAGCCUAGUUAUACGUUGUCAGCAAUUCAAUAAUGACGACAGCAAGAACAGUAAAUAUAAUUAUGAUAUCACGCCAUUGGUCGAUCAAGACAUUCAAGUUCACGACUUACCUUUUAAAGACGGAGGCAUUCCACCUCCGUCCAUCAUACAAAAAUGGCUGACUAUCCUUAACUCUAUCUGCACCGAGCAAGUGCAAUCAAACAAGCAGCAAGAUGGAGAACAGCCAGUGCCAAUUUCAACUCCUACCAUUGCUGUUCAUUGUAUGGCAGGUCUAGGCCGUGCACCUGUUCUUGUGGCAAUAGCUCUGAUUGAACUGUUUCAUAUGGAACCAUUGGAUACUGUCGAGUUUAUACGGAAUAGGAGAAAGGGUGCAUUCAAUUCUGCACAGAUUUCCUUUUUGGAUUACUACAAACCUUCGCUACGUAAUAAUAAUGUUUUUGGCUUAUGUGUUAACGGUAGCCACAACGGAAAUAUUUCGCAUAACAGUAUCAAUAAUGGUCACAAGCUUUCUCCUACCCUAAACUAUCUAAUGAAUUAUUUCACUAGCAUUUUUGGAAACAAGCAUCCUACUACCAUCACCACUGCUGCUGCUGAUAAAAGUCCGGAUGACCAAGCACACAAGCAACAAAAUUCUGCUGCUACCACCACCUUCACACCUUGUAUUGGUUAA